UCUCCUUCAUUUUUUCGGUUUUACUGUUUCUCUCUGUGUUCUACUAGGUGCUUGCUCUGCUUUUGGGUGUGAUCUCGACUUGUGUUUCUUCGUUUAAUUUGUCGAAUUUAUUUCUUUUCUGAGCGAUUUGGUGCCUUCGGAUGUAUAUAUGAGUAAUUUAGCUUCGUUUUCUCAUGCAUGAUAUAUCCUUGUGUGUUUGAACUGAAUUUGGGCCUUUUUGCUUCUUUCGGAGAUUUGUAAUUUUGAGUUUCUUAUUUUUUGGUUAGUGGCUUUGCUUUGCACAGUGUCGUAGAUAUCCUAUGAUCUAUAGUAGAAAUGUCUAUGCGUAGUGACAUUUUGGGGAAAAUUUGGAACGAAAUGGUUUAAGCAUCAAACGUGAUAUCUAUGUGGUUUGCGAGCUAUUGCACCUGUGCGCACCCAAAGGCUGAAGAAACAACAUUAAAAUCAGAUAAACUUAAUUGGCCAAAAUAGGAAGCGUCCGUGGUGAUCUGUUAUAAUGGGUGAACCGGAAAAACAUAGAAUUUUAAUGGUCUCAGAUUUUUUCUACCCCAAUUUUGGUGGUGUGGAGAAUCAUAUAUACUAUUUAUCACAAUGCUUGAUUAAGGAAGGCCACAAGGUGGUAGUUAUGACUCAUGCUUAUCAGAAUCGUUCUGGAGUAAGAUAUAUGACAAAUGGGCUGAAAGUUUAUUAUGUCCCUUGGAAGCCGUUUCUCAUGCAAAAUACAUUGCCAACCUUCUUUGGAACACUUUCAAUUACUAGGACAAUUCUGAUAAGGGAAAAGAUAUCGCUGGUUCAUGGACAUCAAGCCUUCUCAACCUUAUGUCAUGAAGCUCUAAUGCAUGCUCGCACAAUGGGUUACAAAGUUGUAUUCACAGAUCAUUCUCUCUAUGGGUUUUCAGAUGUUGGAAGUAUUCACAUGAAUAAGGUGCUACAGUUUACUCUAGCCGAUGUAACUCAGGCUAUAUGUGUUUCUCACACAAGCAAAGAGAAUACAGUUUUAAGGUCUGGUCUGCCGCCUGAAAAGGUCUAUGUUAUUCCAAAUGCUGUGGACACAGCCAUGUUUACUCCUGCUCCAGAGCGACUCAGCAGGGAUGAAAUUGUAAUUGUUGUGAUAAGUAGGUUAGUCUAUCGGAAAGGAGCAGAUUUACUCGUUGAAGUGAUCCCUGAAGUAUGCCGUUUGCAUCCCAAUGUUCGCUUCAUUGUUGGAGGAGAUGGACCCAAACGAGUGCGUCUGGAAGAAAUGAGGGAAAAACACUCUCUUCAAGACCGUGUUGAUAUGUUGGGGGCUGUCCCUCAUGCUAAAGUACGGUCUGUACUAAUAACUGGCCAUAUAUUUUUGAACAGUUCUUUAACAGAAGCAUUUUGCAUUGCUAUAUUGGAAGCUGCAAGUUGCGGAUUAUUAACAGUCAGUACACGUGUAGGAGGUGUUCCAGAGGUUCUUCCAGAUGAUAUGGUUGUUCUGGCUGCGCCAGAUCCUACAACUAUGGUUCAUGCCAUCACAAGGGCUAUAUAUAUGCUUCCUCAGAUCGAUCCACAAGAUAUGCACAAUCGUAUGAAAAAACUUUAUAGUUGGCCUGAUGUAGCCAGGAGGACAGAAAUUGUUUACAACCGUGCUUUGAAAUGCUCCAAUCCACCUUUGCUAGAUCGAUUAUCAAGGUACCUUACUUGUGGCACUUGGGCCGGGAAAAUAUUUUGUAUAGUUAUGAUAGUAAAUUUUUUGCUCUGGCAUCUCUUGCAACUAUGGAAGCCUGACAAGGACAUUGAGGUGGUACCUGAUAUUCAACUUCCAAAGUCUCAACAUGAGGAGACACCAUUAGGUUCCAGGAAGGAGGAAAACUUGUGAUUCCGGUGCUUCACCCAUUGGUGCAGCUCAGGGUCAUUUACUAUUCAGACACAAUGUGGAAUUAGGAUUCAGACAAACAACAACAGGUUACUAGGAAGAAAGCGGUUUCCAGAAUGUUUUGGUUCUGGGGUUUGAUUGCCACGACAAACGAUUGUUGGAGUUAUAGGAUCCUAUGGCAUGUUCAGAUGUUUCAUAGUUGGUGCAGUAGCAUCCAAGGUUUUCCCUAAAGCAUGAACAGAUCAAACUCAUUAACAUGCCAUUGUCAAUAUAAGUCACUGAGGAUGAUGCCACCGGUUUCUUGUUAGGUUACGUUUAUCAAUAUAUGCCAGUUCUGUGGCAGUGUCAUAUUUAUAGGAGUUCUUCUGUGAAUGUACUUGGGCUUGGAGAACAUAGGGUUACCCAGUUUAGUAGAUUGUGUUGUGAAGAAGAACCAAAAUUUACAUGUACUAAUUUUCAUGUGAAUUAUGUUCUCAAACAUGCUACUUACUUUUAUUUUAUUUCUUUUAUUAAAAAAUCUAAA